AUUAGUGAGAGAGGGACCAGGCCGAGCUUUGCCAAGCUUCUUUCGCAAGGAAAAGCCCAGUGUAUCAGUGCCUUAGGGCUUCCUCGAUCACACUGCGCUGUUGUUUCCAGCUCCAUUGCGCUUCUGUUUUCUUCAGCUUCAUCUCCAUCACUGCUCUUUGUUCUCAGUUACCCAUAUUUUGGCCUCUCCUGCCGUCAAUUCCUGUCUCGCUGUUUCAGAGAGUUUUCGUAGAAAGGGGUUUGGUGCGAUGGCGGGGGUGGAGGACAGCAGCAACCCGGGUGUGCAGCAUCAGGACGAGAAGAAACCUCUCGACGGAGCAGGGCAGCACAUCAAUCUCAAGGUCAAGGGCCAGGAUGGAGGGGAGGUGUUCUUUAGGAUCAAAAGCACUGCCACUUUGCGCAAGCUGAUGAACGCUUACUGUGACCGCCAGUCUGUGGAUCCUUCCUCUAUUGCAUUCCUCUUUGACGGCCGUCGUCUUCGAGCUGAACAGACACCUGCUGAGCUCGACAUGGAAGAUGGUGACGAGAUUGAUGCCAUGCUCCAUCAAACAGGCGGAGCCUCUUCCUGAUAUGAAUAUGCCGUCUCAGGCAGUGUGGUCCUGAAUAUCCUAUAUACUGAACAGGCUUCAUUAUUUUGUUAAACCUCUGGUGUUGCGCACAUAAAGUUUGUCUCUCGGUUCUGUUUUUUUCGCAUGUUUUCCAAACUUGGUCUUUUCCUCUUGUUGAACUUGCUGUUAGGAAUAAACGUAAAAACGCUAAUGUUCAAGACUAUAUCAGCACUUGGGUGGCAUGUGGCGGUGCUGUUCAAUCCUGUGAAGAAAGGAGAGGCGCAGAUUCGGAGGACUAAGAUGCACUCAGGGUUCUCCUCACUGCUUUGUAGUGUGACCUCCACUUGCUUCCCAAACUGUGCGUAAAUCGCGAUAUACUGGAGGGUUUGUCCUCUUACUUUGCUGGAGACUACUAUGCCGUGGAGAAAUGAUGAUGCGACAUUUACAUGAACUUCACCUGUCAAGUGCCCAACGUAUAUUGGAUGUUUUCAAAAACUUUGUCAAAGAGGCCGCAAUUUUUUAAGUUUUCUAUCACAUGUCCAUCAUUUGAGAUUUUGCAACUUUGGGUCCAAUCAAGCAUUCCGGCAGCCUUGUUUUCGAA